UAACAUUGUUCCAUCGGAGCUUCCGUAGCUCAGAGCUGCUCAGUUUUGAGUCCAGCUAAGUUACUUUCACGUAGUGUCGCAGUCACUCGAGUGUCACAAUGUAAACAAAUAUAUUCUACUACAAAUUUUAAUGAGUUAUAUACGCGAGGACUGUGUCAGUGGUUAAUUUUUUUAAAGCGUGCCGUUAUUUUAAAGAGAUAUUUUUUUAUUAUGCUAACCUUGCUAGCUAAGCUAAGUUUGCUUAUUUUGACCAAAGCGGUCAGGUUAAACCUCAGCCUUAUCUUCGUUUUUGUUUAUUUAUAACUGUCUGCAGCGUUAAUGUGAUGGGUUCAACUCGGAGAUGACCUGCAGCUUCUGACCCAAGCAAAAUUACCUAUUUAGUCGCAGCUCGGACAUUCACACAGAGAGACUCAUGCUUUCUGAUGAGCUGGACUCCAAACCAGAGCUGCUGGUGCAGUUUGUCCAGAACGCGUCCAUCCCUUUGGUCCAGAGUUUGGAGGACUCUGAAUCCAAACACUCCUGCCUGCCUCUGCUGACUCCAGCUGACAGCUCCCUGUGCACUCCUCUGGAGCUCACAGACGGAGGCCUGAGCCAUGAGCCAGGGACUUCUCCCACCCUGCCCGAAUACGGAGGUGUGUCGGAGCCGAGCACGUUGGUGGUCCAGACGCACUCUCAGCCACCGGCGUCACCGAGCCCCCCGGCCAUCCUGCACGACUUCCAGCAGCCGGACAGCACGUCGUACGUCCUCCUGAACCUCGCAAAAGGCAUCACAGCCUCUUCGGAGUCCCUGAUCUUUGCCGCAGACGGCGCCGAGGACGACGAAGACGGGGGCGUCUCGUCGGGGGACUACGGAAUAGACGGCAGCGCUCCGUGGUACCUGAGGGUCCAGGAGCUGGCGCACGACAGCCUGAUAGCUGCCACGCGAGCGCAACUCGCAAGAGACGCCAAGGCCAGCCAGGACGCUAGAGCUGCGAGCGUCGGUAAUGGUGACCUCACACACAGCUUGGUAGAAGAAGGGGACAAGCAAGAGCUGCCGCCUCGGACCGGCCGCCCCCUAUCCAAGCAGGUGCUGCGCUGCUCGUUUGAGGGCUGCUGCAGGACGUUCACCUGGCCGGCUCAUCUUAAAUACCACCUCAAAACACACAGGAACGACCGGAUGUUCAGGUGCGGCGCCGAAGGCUGCGGGAAGAGUUUCUACGUGCUGCAGAGGCUGCAGGUCCACAUGAGGACCCACAACGGCGAGAAGCCCUUCAUCUGCAAAGAGAAGAACUGUGGCAAGAAGUUCACCACCGCUGGAAACUUGAAGAACCACAAGCGCACACACACAGGUGAGAAGCCUUUCCUGUGCGAAGCAGAUGGUUGUGGGCGGUCCUUCGCCGAGUAUUCCAGUCUACGAAAACACAUGCUCGUACAUUCUGGCGAGAAGCCGCAUGUGUGUGGGAUCUGUGGCAAGACUUUCUCCCAGUCGGGCAGCAGGAACGUUCACAUGAGGAAGAGACACGGGGAGGAGGUGCAGAGUAGCGACAGCAGAGAAACAGGAGAGGCUCUGACACAAAGCAGCCUGCUAGAGGCAGACGGCGAGAAUGGAGGUGGCAUGGUCGCCAUGACAACAGCCGUGGAGCCGAUGAGUCUUCAUCACGCGAUGCUGAGAUCACCAGCCUCUGCGGACUCUGUGGUGGUUCUCUCUCAGCCACAUGAGCUGGUGACCAUGACAGCGGAGGGUCACGCUUAUGGAGAGGACGUGGUUGCUUUGCUGUAGCUUCCCAACAUGACAGACAUCACACACUGUUUAUUUCAGCUGCACUGGACUGAUGGUCACACGUGGAAUCAUCAAUCAUAGACAAUUGCUCAAAAUAGAAAAAGAAAUAUUAGAAGCUCAUUCAGAAUUUAACUCUUGUAGAUAUUUGUAAUUAUCAACCUAUGAUGAUUUUAUUUUGAAGUGUGAAAUGACAGUUUAUACGAGCAACAUUUUGUUCCUCGUGUUUUUUUUUAACAAAAGAUCCCAAAGAGAUACUGAGAUGGGUUAAAGAGUUUCUAAAAGUUUUAUGUGCAUUUUCUCAUGAUAAACAACCGUUUCAUUUUGAUCAGUUACACUUAAAUGUACCAGACACAAAUGUACUGUAACUCCGCUAACAAUGCUUGAGAUUAAAAACCGCUAAAGCCCAGCGUGGGAACACUGGUUAUUGCACAGCAAAGCCAGGCUGCUCUUGUUUAUCAGUCCUGAGUAAAACAUGUGUUUCAAGAAAACAGCAGCUCCACUUACGUUACAGUAAUUGUGUUAGUUCUGCCUGACAUCUUUCAUUCAGCCUGCAGUGCUUCACUUCUUGCUAAUGCAACACUUUGCAGAUUUACAGCAGAAUAUAUUGCCACUUGAGAGAAAUGGCUUUUAAAAAAUAAUAAAUUUACAUUUACUAGAGCUUAUUUCUGUCUAUUUAAACGAAUGGCUGAUGUAUGGGGGUGUUUAGAAAAGACAGUACACGUUACAUCAUGUGUUUGUUUGGUGAGCAGCACAUAAAUCAUCCUCGGUUUUGUUUUGUUUUUCACCGCUCCUCAGUGGAUCUUCAGGUUGUGGAAGUGGUCCAACAUGGCACCGAGAGCCCAGCUAGCCUCGACAUUGUUCACUUUCUUUGUCAGCUAGAAGGAGAAAAUAAUCAUUCAGAUCAUGUUUGUCUUUACUAAAUAAAAACAAAACAGUU